AUGGAGGUGGAUAGAGUGCAAGCCAUUGCUUCUCUCUCUACGAACGUAGACACAAUACCCUCAGAAUUCAUCAGAUCAGAAAAUGAACAGCCAGCAAUCACCACCUUACAUGGGGUGGUUCUUGAAGUGCCGGUGAUCGAUCUGAGCCAUUCAGACGAAGAAAAUCUCGUCAAAUUAAUUGCAGAGGCAGCCCAAAACUGGGGACUUUUCCAAGUUGUGAACCAUGGAAUUCCAGAUGAAGCCAUAAGCAAGUUGAUUGAAGUUGGAAAAGAGUUUUUCGAACUGCCAAAAGAAGAAAAAGAGGUCAUUGCAAAAACCCCAGAAUCUGGGAUUGAAGGAUAUGGAACAAGUUUACAAAAAGAAAUUGACGGGAAAAAAGGUUGGGUGGAUCACUUGUUUCAUAAGAUAUGGCCUCCUCCUGUCAUUAACCACAAGUAUUGGCCAAAGAACCCACCCUCUUACAGAGAAGCAAACGAGAAAUAUGCUGAGAAGCUCCGAGAGGUGUCGGACAAAUUGUUUAAGUACCUAUCAUUAGGGGUUGGACUGGAAGGGCAUGAAAUGAAGGCGGCAGUCGGUGGGGACGACUUGAUUUACUUGAUGAAGAUUAAUUACUAUCCGCCAUGUCCGAGGCCGGAUCUGGCUCUUGGGGUGGUGGCGCAUACCGAUAUGUCGAGCCUUACCAUUCUUGUACCUAAUGAGGUCCAAGGGCUUCAAGUUUUCAGAGAUGGUUAUUGGUAUGAUGUUAAGUACAUUCCCAAUGCUCUAAUCAUUCACAUUGGAGACCAAAUUGAGAUAUUGAGCAAUGGAAAGUAUAAGGCCGUGCUCCACAGAACAACCGUGAACAAGGAGAAGACGAGGAUGUCGUGGCCGGUGUUUUUGGAGCCACCGCCGGAGCAUGAGGUUGGACCUAUCUCAAAGCUUGUUAAUGAAGAGAAUCCAUCAAAAUAUAAGACAAAGAAGUACAAAGAUUAUGUCUAUUGUAAGCUCAACAAGCUUCCACAAUAA